AUGAAGUUUUCUGGAAUUCUUUUAUUAGCCGUCCUCUCCGUGGUAAAUGCUUUACCACAUCCUGAAUAUCCAAUUGCUGAAUCAUACCCAAUUGCCAAAAGAUCUGAAGGAAAUUCGAAAGAUUCAAUUAAUCCACCUGUUCCACUUGCAAAAAGAUCA